CCGCGGCUUCUAUUCAUGAGCUCAGUCGCGACGCAGCAGUCGCCUGUGCCACCAGCAUUCUGUCUACGUCCCCACACCACCAUCACCACCACCACCAUAGCAGGAGGCUUCCUUCCAGCUUACACCGAAUCUUCAUCUCGUCUCGCUACUUGGCCUAUCUUGUUGUUGUUGUUGUUAUUAUUGACCGGUGAUAGCGGCCGAGCGCGGUCGAUUUGUAGUAUUAGGCCAUCGAUAAGCGAGUGGUGGGUUUUUUGUUUUGUUUUUGAGCGGUUCAUUUUGUUUGGGGUUUUAGGGGGGGAAACAACGUUGUUACUUGGGGUAGGUGAUGUGCGUUUGGCAAUACGGCUGUUAAGUUGGUGGGUUGGGUGUAAAGCAAUGGUUUUGUUUACGUUAAGACCGUGUCGCUCUAUGUGCUCUCGCGUGUAAUGUCAGCAUGUGAAUGAAAUGUACGAUUGGUGAACGUUAAUGUGCGGCGAAUACAACUUAUGUGCUCGUUGAUUUAGGACGUUACGGUUUAAACUUUGGUCGCUCAACCCCGCGGGCAGUAGUUUAAGGCAGCCGGAGUUACGAUGUCUGGUGAAGAUUUUCACGCAACGUGUUAACAACGUUGACUUUUCUUUGCGAACGUUUUGAGUUUUUAAAAAGAUGGUACAGCUGAGAGUGAACAUUAACAACAAGACAUUUCUGGGCAGAGAGGGGCAAGGACAAACAUUGGCUUGUGCCUGCUAACGCCAGGAAGGAACAGGCUUCGACACGAAAUCUGCGUUGUUUUUCUUUCACUGCAAGACAAUUAUUUUUUUAAUUUUCAAACCGAUAAGAAUUAAAAACAUCCUUUUUUUCGGAAGAACGCCGUGGCAGCUUUGGGACCAGACGUUUGUCUCUUAAUGAACUUGUGAGAGAAGUAACUUUGAUCAAGGACCGUGAAUAUUGCGACUUUGAAGAAACAGACAAAACUCCAAGCUUCAAGAAAUACUUUGGAAGAUUGUUUACAGAUCAUCAUCGCCGUCGUCUUCACUUGUAACCAAACAUUUUAAAUCACCCCCACCCAUCCAUCGCAGAUUGUUUUAUUUUUUUAAUAACUGACAUAUCUAAUACACCACAUCAAGAUACAUAUAAACAAAUUAUGUUCGUAUCAGGGUGAUUGCGUAAUUAAGUUGAUUUGACUUUUUAAAAAAAUUCUAACGCAUCCUGUUAAACCUCGCCAAAACAUUUUUUUAUAUUUAUCAAUCGUCACCGCACGCCACCCACUACAACUCGUUUAAGUCCUUAACAUCGAACCACAUUCACAAAUUAAACAACCAAUCGACAAUCGUCCAACUCAUCGCUGUGUGUCAAGCCCACGGCAUUGUAGAAUCACAACAACAACAAAACAUCCCAUCAUAAUUCAACCAAUUUUGCCAACACCACACCAGAAUCCUCAUCAUCAUCACCACCAAACGCAGCAUUUACCACCAACAAAGAAGAACCUCCUUGUAGCCGGUGGCAUUUGGGUGGCUUCACCCCAAGAUCUGCUGCUAGAACAUCUGCAAAUUGCCUCCUUGGCCAUGUCCAACCGCGCCAGGAGUGUGGACUGGCUCCAGGCUCAGCUGGACAGCGGUGGGGCCCUCUUGCUACUCGACUGCCGCGCCCGGGAACUUUUCGAAGCGGCUCGCAUCGAGGGCGCCGUGAACGUCUCGCUGCCCACGCUCAUGCUGCGGCGUCUACGGCGGGGAAAUCUCCCAGUGCGAUCCCUCUUCGGUAACGGCGAGCUGGAGAAGGAGCGAGUGGCGUGCCGUUGUCGGAGCGAGGUGGUGGUGCUUUACGAUGACCGGGAGUGCGAUGUCGAUGGGAAGGAUAAGGAGGCUGCGGGUGGUGGUGGUGGCAGCCACGGAGAGUCGGAAGGGUGCGUCGGAGACGCGGACGGCGAUGGGGAGAAGUGUGGCUCGUUGCUGAGGCUGCUGCUGCAGAGGCUGUCCGAAGACGGAUGCAAGGCGUUCUACCUUCAAGGGGGAUUCAGUCGUUUCCGGGCGCGCUACCCCGAGCACUGCGAGACGUGCAUGGACGCGGGAGCCGGGAGCCCCGGGGGACUCUGCACGUCACCGCCCACGGCUGGGGUCCCCAUCUUGGGCCUGGGCGCCCUACGGAUCGGUUCGAGCGACUGCUCUGACACGGAAUCCGACCCGGACUCGAGCAAGCCAUGCUCGCUCGGAGCAGGGAGCGUCAUGGCUGGCGACUCCUCCGAAGGAAGCCCGGGGGAUUCGGACCUUGGACACCAGCACCACCACCACCACCAUCAGCAUCAUCAUCAUCAGCAGCAUCAGAGUGGAGAUGGGCCUGGGGGGUGCCCAUCAGGGGGUUCACCCUCCUUCCCUGUGGAGAUCCUGCCCUACCUCUACCUGGGCUGCGCACGCGACUCUACGAACCUGGCCGCUCUGGCCGAGCACGGCAUCCGCUACAUCCUCAACGUGACGCCCAACGUGCCCAACGCCUUCGAGUCGCGCAGGGACUUCGUCUACAAGCAGAUCCCCGUGCCCGACCACUGGAGCCAGAACCUGUCGCAGUUCUUCCCCGAGGCGAUCGCGUUCAUUGACGAGGCCCGGCAAAAGAAGUGCGGCGUCUUGGUCCACUGCCUCGCCGGCAUCAGCCGCUCCGUGACGGUGACGGUCGCCUACCUCAUGCAGACGCUCAACCUCUCGCUGAACGACGCCUACGACCUCGUGCGCAACAAGAAGGCCAACAUCUCGCCCAACUUCAACUUCAUGGGGCAGCUGCUGGACUUCGAGCGCACGCUGGGGCUUAGCAGCAGCAGCGGCAGCAGCAGCGGCAACAGCAGCGGCAACAGCGUCGGCAGCAGGGGCAGCCCGCCGUGCGACAACCGCCCGGGCGCGACGAAGGGCGGCGGAGAGGGCGGGGCGGGAGACGGAGGCAGCGGCGGGGAAGCCGCGCUGUUCUUCACGACGCCCACGAACCACAACGUGUUCAAGCUCGACUCACUUGGCUCCGCCUGAAGAAAGCUCGACUGCUGGCUGCCCGCGGCGGUUUGUGUCUUUCUUUCUGCCUCCUCCUGCCGCGUCCUUUGCCGUGGUCUCGCGGCCGCCUACGGGGGUUGACGAGGCGGUUUCGAGAGCGUGGUGGUGGUGGGGGGGGGGGUGCGUGCGUCGCUUGGCCCAACGGCGAUGAAGCCGCUUUGGUCAUGUGAGGUUCGGUGUGGAAAAUGGAAGAGGAAGUUGUGAUGGCGAAUGUAAAGAAAAAUACAAUUACGAAGGCAAUGGGAUGAAAUGGUAAAUGAAUUAGAAAGUGCGUUUUGUUUAACGGCGAUUGGUUAGCUCCUCAUAGAUGGCUUGGCGUGGCUUCCUGUCGUGUUGGAAUCCUGGAGGUAGGAGAUUGGUACUGUUGUUACCAGUCUUCAACAGGUCAUGGGGUAACCAUGAAGUCAUUUGUGUAGGCUCUACCAUUUCUGGUGGCCUCGUAAAAAUGUUUUUACCUGUGACGAAAGAAGCAACAUUUUGCUUAAAAUGUCUCUGUAACGUGCUAUCACGUUUUGCUACUUUUUCGUGACCGCUAACGACUUGUGAAAUUCAAGACACGUGUAAAUAAAAGAGACCAGAUAUACGUGUAAAAAAUGUACUUUUAACACAAAACGUAUAUGUGAAACACAUGAAUUUAAGAGCUGCGUUUUGGUGGAAGAGUUAAGGUUCCAUGAGAGGAACGUGGAGGACGUUUGAAGACUUUGGGUCCUUUCGUCUUCACAUGGCACCACCCGAUUAGCACGGUUGGCUACGUACGAUGCGAAAGAAAUUCAACAUAUGUACGUACGUGGCAACAACGAAGCAUUUUUCAGUUCAUCGUAUUCCCGUUUGCGCUUCCUUCGUGUGCAAGAUGCCACCCACCGACUCCCGCCUCUGUGGUCGCCUAGUUCACAAUGCGCUGUGCGGCUGAUCAAAAUAUAUAUUUAGUGAACGAGCAUUUACAAUUGCUGCAGAGAACGCUAUGGGAUGUUUUCUAUUCGUUUUGAAUGUUGUGGCCCAAAUUUUGAAGAUGAUUAAUUGAACACUAUUGAUCAUUAUAAAUCGGUUCAUGUUCAUUUGACAAUGUUCUGAAUGUAUUUUUUUAUGUAAAAAAAAUGUUUUGCAAGUGAAGCAUUAUUAAUGGGGCGGGCAGGUGUUUUGCAACUGCUUGAUUUAAAAAUAGAUAUACAUACAACGUAGUGCAAAUGUAAGCCUUCGCUGUUAUUUUGUAUUUGCUUAAACACAAGUUGCCAUAUGCUUUGAAAUUAAAUUUGAAAUCAAAGUUUUUUUUGCCAAGCUGGCUUAUCGUAAAUGUCGAAGCUUCAAAGGUAAAGUGUGUUGUGGUUUCGUGAUUAUUCAUCACAUUUUAAAGAAAAAUUAACCAGCUUCCAGGUUUUAAUUGCAUUUUGUUGAGCAUUGUCAAAACACUGUACAUGACCAUUGACGCCUUGAUAUUAAUUGUACGCAUGAUUGUAGCUAGAACUUCAAAAUAUCCCUUCAGCCUAUUGCAUUUGUUCGUAUUUAUUUUUCUUUCAGGAAAAGUUCAAAGCAAACAUUUAUUUUUGAUCAUGGUUGAUCAUGCAGUCCGUCGGCUACAAUUUUUUCCAAAAAUUUGUAACGAAUCAUUUUUAACGCACUGCGUUGUGUUUAUAAUUGUUUUAAAUAAGUGGCCCAAUUAACUUCUCAAAUAUGCGGCGCAGUUUUACUCCCUGCUGUCUGCCGAAACGGUUUAAAGAUCUUUAGUACCGUAUCUGCAGAUAAAAAAAAAAUGUUGCUUUCCAAAACUUACGCGUAAAAAAAAUAUUUCGUGGGCCUUGUAAACCAUGCUCACUUGAACGAUUUAAACUAAAGAUUUGUUAAUCGUCUACAGUUUUUAUUAUUACCGUUAAUUAACCCACAGAUUAUUGCAAUGGGAAAAAAAAAACUAGUGAAAUGUAGAAAAAAAAAUACUUCCUAUGAAUUUUUCAGCCAAAAAGAAUUUGCCAACUUUUUUUGUUGUUGCUCUUCUAUGCCGCGAUUAUCUUGACGUCGUUAAUGGCAGCGCGUAGCCGAGAUGUAUGAAAGAAAUACAUCGGCAACUUCGUGCUCUGCUAGCCAUUGAAGUUCUAAUCCGCGUGUCAUAGACACUGACGUACGUGGCAACUUGUGAGGUUAUCUCUUGCCGCGAACGCAGCCUCGGGAGUACGUGGGUUUCUUUUAUUUUGGGCAGUGGUGGCUGCUGCUGUCUUGGCCCUUGUGACUGGCUGUCCAACUUGGCACAUUCCAAUUAAAAAGUGUUGAUAUACUGGCAAGACAAUCGUACAGAAAAAAAAAACAUUUUGUAUUUUCUUUCCGUAAUCUUCCGCAGGCGGAGGUGAUAAUGUAUAUUUUUUUCUUCUCGACUUUUUUUGAAUGCGCGGUGUAGGGGAUAAUUGAUGCUUUUUAAGGAAACUGAAAGGCCAUGUUUGUAUAUAUUUAUACAUUAUAUAUAAAAUGGUAUUUCGGUGGAACACGAAGGUACUCGUAAUUAAUAUGAUUGUUUGCUCUUAAGAGAAUAAAAGGAACCCGGCUUUGUAGUUUGCAUGUGCCCCCUCCGCAGGUUCGGCCUGCCGCUCCGCGCUAAACGGACCGACGUACAUUUUUAUGAAAUUGCCGCAAGUCAAAUUAACGGCUUGGCUCCACUUAUCCAUACGGCGAGAAAUAAACAACCCUGGGCGAGAGACGGGAAGCGGGACUUUCCGAUUGGCUGCCCAGCCGGUGUAAAUCGGUGCCGGCACGCGCCCAUCUGCCCGUGACCUCUCCAACCCGUUUCGAGGCAGCGCUGUUAUGCCCUUCAUCUGGGUCCCAGCGAGGCAGGUGGGCUUGUGCCACCACACCCCAUGCCCCCCCCCCCCCCCCCUGCAAACGGCUCCUCUUGUUCGUCGCACGCUGGACUCGAUCGGCAAUGUCCCUCCGAGGCCGAGGGGACACGUGGUGUGUGUGCCUGCUUCUUCGGUCGCCAACAGCACGGUGCCCAGAUCGCGCGCUGCUCUCGUUUCGAUUGUGACUCCCGCCACCGCAGGUUACUCUUUGUUGGAUAAAAAAAAAACCCUCCAAGUGGCUUAUUUGGUCGUGGUUUAGUUGCUCUUGAAUUUCACUUUCCUUCCUGUCGUUUUUCCUCUUGGUCCAGCCCAGUGCAUCCUGUUAAUGUGAUACCAGAGUCGAGGUUUGGCAUUGGGUUGGUCACCUGCCUGAGUUCAGUUACUAUUUUCAAGGAUGUGAAAAGUGCUAUUUGUUGACCUUGAUACGUACAACUUUUUCCAAAGUGAAGCGAUUUUCUAUAAGUGUGUAAUUAUAAAGACAAUUGGCUUUAAAACAUGACUUGCCUUUAUCACUCUCAACCAAUCACUUCAAUUGCAGAUUUUAAGCGGUGACCUUUAGGCUCAACAAUGGCGUAACAACCUCGCAAUGUCGCAACUAAAUAUAAAGUUGAUAUUUGAUGUUUAAAGCGGAGACGGCAGCACUUGGUGUAAUGUGAGCUCUUAACGUGAAAGAGUGCAAGGUGGAAAUUAUCAUUUUAAGAGCAGCUUGCGUGCCAGAGGAUAAACGUUCUCUCGAGUGUGAUAAAAAUUAAAACAAAGUUGAAAAUUAUUGCAUAUUGGGGAAUUUUUGUUCUUUCCAAAUAUAGCUUUUACGCACAACUGUUUUUGUUUUAAACGGAACAUGCAGGUGUUGAGACGUUGACCCCGUUUAGUCCAUUCACGAUGAGCAUUAAGAGGAUUAAGUACUUGGCCGAGGUGUGUAUUUUUUUUUUAAUGGUUGGACUUUCAAAAGUGCGCGCUGCAAAUUUAUCGCAGCAUAUCACCACGGUGCAUCGAGGGCGCAUCGUGGUGACGUUUCAAACAAAACUGCUUUUUUUUCUCCCCAAUCUUUCACCGAUCUUAAUCCUCGUCAUUGUUGGCCCCUGCCAAGUGUUGCGAGAAUUAACGGCGGUUGUUACGUGAUUAUUAGCAUUGUGUCGAUGCUUUGACGGCUGUGCGUGCUGAAAAAUUGUGUUUAUGGCGGUUAAAACCAACGUGUUUGUGAGUGUGCCAUUGGAGACCAUUUGGUUUGCUAAUGGUUUUACAAAUUAAAACAUGGCACCAUUUGACCAACACUCUUUAAGUUUUACAGUGUCACGGUUAACCUAAUAAAAAUGUGAUUGGAUUGUAAUUGAAAAAAGUAUACGAAGUGUAGCACUUACAAUAAAAAGACGUAUUUUAAAGCAAGUACUUGCAUGCAUGCUCAUGAUGUGAUCGCAACACGAAUUGUCGUGCGUGAACGAUAACGUGACCGUAAAAGUCCAUGCCCCCUUCCCCCCCCCCCAAAACCAAAACAUUCGGUGAUUGUUACAUGGACGCGCAACUUCCAACGAUAGCGAUGGGAGCGAAAACAAAAAGUACGGACCACAUGGGGCAGCUCGACGCUCGGCGAAGUUGUCUAAAAGACCGACGCGGUUUUUGUUUUGCGCGCAGCCGGAGGCGUCUCGUAGAGGCGGGUCCCAGUUCUGUCCCCCGUUGCACAGUUUUGCGCCCAACCUCCCUCCUGUUGACCACCACGCCUGCUGUGGCCAAAUUGCGAAAUCUUUCGGCGGGUCAAAGGUGGCCUCGAUUCGUUGUCCGCCGCUGAAACUCGGACGCGGUCCGAUAACGUCAGCGACUCGGAAACGUUACAGUGCAUGCCGGUUGCUAUAUCUGAUAUGAUGUAAUGCUGGUGAGCGUUAAGUCUUUUUGGGGGGGGGGGGAAGGUGAGGAGGCAUGGCCGUUAGAAAUCUGUGGAAGCCCUCACUUUUUGGGGAAUGGUACUUUUGCUAUUGCUCCCCAGUGCAUUGUUGUUGUCUUUGGCGAGUUUGAUGGUUGUGGGUUGACGUUUUUUUGCUGUUACCCUACGUAAUUCCACCUAAGACAUGAUGAUUAUUUUUUAUUUAAGCUAAAUAACCUGAGAACUUCCAUAUAUUUCUAAUCGUCCCGAUCAUUGUGUGUGGCAUAAAGAGAUGCGUAGUCAAAUGUUAAACCUUGAAUAUUAACUUAAGAGAGACGCCAGCCAUUCGUACUUUGAAACAAUCGGAAAUUGCAACACGGUGAGCGGAAAGUCACCUUGUCUAACGCCAUCAUUGUUUAUAUUUAAAAUGUUCAUUAUCAAGUACCAACUUGUGCCACGCUCUGAAGUAAAGUGUGGAUGCCAAUGGAUGUAUAAUUCCUUUUGAUGGUAAAAGCUUCCGUUUAAACACUUUUUUUUUUCCCGGGGCCGCAACGUUUUUCAAAGCGAGACAAUGUUGUUCAUGCGAUCUUGUGAAAUGUAGCACUCGCACUUGAGACUAUUUUUUGUUUUAAAAAACGAAUUUCCAGUCACGCAGUAAACUGCCUGUGUGCAGGAAAUUGGCAACACACUUUCUGGCGCUGUACAAAGUUAAUAUUGCUCGUCAACAGAAUGUCCCUAACGCAAGUGUUUGAGUGCGUGCAUUGCAGUAAAUCCACGCUGCUGCAAAUGGCUCUUAUUGGUAAAUAGUAUUGGUGCUUUCAAACACAACUUCUUCGUACAACUGAGCAGCCUGCUUCAGGUCAACAUAUACGUAUAUAUAUAUUUUUUGUAAAUCUCUUCUGGAAAACUUGGAGGCAGCGUAAUCUCUGGAAUCCGUUGCGAAAAAGUGUUGGAGUCCUUUUUCUGUAUCACGAUGCAGUGCUUUUUGAGCGCCAUGGAAUUUGUUAUGAUAUUUUGUCCUGAAAAUGAGAAUAAAAAUGCCUUCGAUGCC